AUGAAAAAGAAAAAGGACAAGUCCUCUCGCUACUCCACGUCUGAGUAUAGCGACGCUUACCCCGAGGAAUCCAACCCUCCACCACCGGAGGCACAGGACAGGGAGGAUCAAGAGACCAUUCUCGGGCUCAUUGCGAUCGACGAUGACUUGCAGGAAACCGAACAUCCGAUUCGCCUAACCGAGAAAGACCCAAUCCUCAUUGAGAAAAUGCUGGAGUUCCUAUAUACAGGAAAUUACACCGCUCCAUCCCCUACGAAAACCUCAGAAAUCACACAGGCCGAUGGCGGAGACGUACCCGUGAUGGAUAGGUGGCCCGCAGAAGAGCCAUCUUACGAAACCCUGGAGAACACACCAGAGACACUUGUACCUGGGCUACAGACGAAUGAGAACCCAGCUUCAAUUGACGAAUUUCACCCAGAAUACGCAAGCAAGGAAGGGGAUAAAGGGGGCCUUACAGAGCCAAUCGUGGAUUCAUUAGCCGACUGUCAUCCAUGUUACUUCCACGUGCGCAUGUAUGGCGAAGCGGACUACUUCAUGAUCGACGACCUAAGAAGCAAAGCAGGAAUGCAUUUCUGCGCGUCAUUUAUGAGUUCUCCCGAAAGAGAGUCCUUUGCAGACACCGCCGAGGAACUGCAUUCGAUACGAGCCAAUUACCAGGAGCUGAGGCAACUGGCGAUCGAAAUGCUAGUUGCUAAUCUGCCGAAUCUCCGAAACGGACCCACGCCGGUAAUUACUUCAGAACUGAUGGAGUCGAUUCCCAAUCUCACAUACGAUUUAUUUCAAGCCACUCUAGAUAAGUAUGUACGAGAGCCGUCCGACAUGGAAGGAAAUCCGUCUUAUAUGGAAUCUGAUUACUGGAGCCGCUCAAAGAGGUACUAG